AUGGGGCUGUGGGUUCAAGCUGUGGGUCCCGGCUCCCCCUCGCCCUCGCCCCCCCCCCCAGAGCACCAGAACUUCCUGGGGGAGGACCCGGUGCUGGGGCCCGUGGCCGUGUCCCUGCGGAGGGAGGAGAAGGAGGGAGCGCGGCCCCUGGUGCUGCACCGGCUCAUCCUGCGGAGCAGCGCGCUGCGGGCGCUGCGGGGCUCGGUGCUGGAGGAGUCGCUGCCCCCCAGCGCCCGCCCCCCCGGAGCACGGGGGGUGCCCCCCCGGAAGCUGCUGGAGUUGGUGCUGCCCGGGCUGGGGGUGCAGGGGCUGCGCCUCGCCCCCCCCGUGCCCACAGUGCCCGAGACCCUGCUGAAGCUGGAUGAGCAGGGGCUGUGCUUCCAGCGCAAGGUGGGGGUGCUCUACUGCCGGGGGGGGCAGGGCUCGGAGGAGGAGAUGUACAACAACAAGGGUGCGGGGCCCCCCUUCGCCCAGUUCCUGGCCCUGCUCGGCACCCGCGUGCGCCUGCGCGGCUUCCCCCAUUACCGAGCCCAGCUCGACACCCGCACUGACUCCACGGGCACCCACUCGCUGUACACCACGUACCACGGCUACGAGGUGAUGUUCCACGUCAGCACCAUGCUGCCCUUCACCCCCAGCAACCCCCAGCAGCUGCUGCGGAAGCGGCACAUCGGGAACGACAUCGUGACCAUCGUGUUCCAGGAGCCGGGGGCUCGGCCCUUCUCCCCCCGCGCCCUCCGCUCCCACUUCCAGCACAUCUUCCUGGUGGUGCGGGCCCACGAGCCCUGCACCCCCCGCACCUCCUACAGCGUGGCCGUGGUGCGCCCGGAGGAGACGCCGCUGUUCGGGCCGGCGCUGGCCGUGGGGCAGCGCUUCCCGGGGGGCUCGGGGCUGCGCGAGUUCCUGCUGGCCAAGGCCAUCAACGGCGAGAACGCUGCGGGCCGGGGGGGGCGGCUGGGGGCCAUGGCGGCUCGUACCCGGUACCAGUACCUGCAGGAGCUGGCUCGGACCCACGGCACCGGUCCCCCCCCUGCCGCUCCCCCCCGGACCCUGCUCCCGGCGCUGGGCGGGCGGCGCCGGGCACCGAGGUGUGGGGCGGCAGCGGCUCUGCCUGGGGCUCUGGUGUGGGGGGCACGGGCCCGGGCUGCCCCCGAUGCCCCCGACGUGCCCUGCCUGCUUGGGGUGGCCGCCGAGCGACUCGUGUUGGCGGCCCCCCGAGGGCCAGGGGUGCUCUUCAGCUGCGCAUGCAGGGAUGUGCUGGGCUGGGCCUUCGCCGAGGGGCGCCUCGAGCUUUUCUAUGGGGCAGGGCAUUGGCUCGGCCUGCGUCUGCCCCACGGAGCCGCCUCGCAGGUGGUGGCCAGGCUGCAGGCGGUGACCCGUGGCUGUGAGGCUCAGGAGCUGGCUCUGCCGCGGGGCGCCGGGGGACACCCCGGUUUUUCGGUGGACGCCGCGGGGGUCGUGACCUCGGUCACCCGUUUCUCCUUCGCCGAGACGGCCGGGCUGCGGCCCGGCGCCCGCCUGCUGCGCGUGGCCCAGCACCCACUGCCCGCACUGCCCCCCCGGCGCCUGCGCGCCCUCCUGCGCCGCCCCAAAGCCACCCUCACCCUCCUGCCCCCCGACCGCCACGGCCGGCCCCGACGGAGCUUCUCGGAGCUUUACGCGCUGUCACUGGAGCAGGGCCGGGGCGCGGGGGGGGACCUGGGGGGGCCCCUUGGGGACAGCAGCGACUCCGGGGGGAGCAGCGACUCCGGGGACAGCAGCGAGGGGGGGCGGGCGGGGCCCCCCCCGGGGGGGCUGCACCCCGAGACCCUGCGGCUGCUGCGCUCGCUGGCUCUGGCUGAGGACCCCGAGACCCCCCCCAGCGCGCAGCCCCUGGUUGACCCCACCCCUGACCUCCUCCUGCCGCACCACAGCCCCUCCCCCCCCGGUGACACGGCAGCCCCCCCGGAUGCCGACAGCCCCAUGGCCCCCCCCGAGCCCAGACCCCCCCGCGUCCCCUCGCUGCGGCGCUCGCUGGGCAGGCUGCUCUCAGGGACCGGGGAGCCGCAGGAGGAGGAGUGGGAGGCCAUCGCCCGCCUGGCCAGCGCCUGCAGCAGCAUCCUGGAGGCACUGGAGAGGGGGGGGCAGCAGCUCCCAGAGCCCCCCAGCACUGGGGCCCAGCAGACCCUGAGCCAGGGGAGCCCUGAGGAUGAGUCCCGCAGCCUCUCGGAGAAGGUGGCGCAGUUGGAGGCGAUGCUGAAGCAGCUGCAGGAGGAUCUCCAGGAGGAGCAGGAGGCGCAGCAGCGGCUCCAGGCCGAGGUUCGGACCCUGCGCCGCAGCAACCGGCGGCUGCAGCAGGAGCAGGAGGAUGCCGCGGCGCAGCUCAGCCGAGUGACGAGGCUGCUGCAGCCCCCCCCGGGCCCCCCCCCGCACCCGUAG